AUGAAUGAUAUCUAUCACUCUCUCAUCCUUUCAUCUUUGUUGGCAUUCCAGUCGGUCUAUGCCCAUCGACUCUUUUCGACCACACUCAAAACCAUCGACACUGUGACCAUCCUCUUGUACUUUUCACCAUGCUCACUACUCUUUAUCAUCCCAUCCGCCUUUUUAUUCGAAUUUGAUCAGUUUAUGUCCAAUCCUCCUGGAUUGACAGAAUCGUUGGUUGUUGACUCGAUGAAUAAUACAACAACAGCUGUAUCCUUAUUUACAACUAUCGCAUCAAUCACUGGAUUAUUAUUAUGUUCUGGGUUCUUAACUUUUUGUGCUUUUUACUCAACAUUUAUAAUUAAUAAGAAAUAUGAUAUUAUUACAAUGUCAAUGGCAAGAAAUACAAAACCAGUUGCACUCAAGAUUAUACAUGCUAAUGGUAUAUUGGGGUUCCUUCAACACAUUAAUAAUCUGUGUGGAGUUCUUGUUUGUAUCUAUGGUAUAUUUUCAUUUAAAAAGGCAUGGACUGAAACACAAACAUUACCUCCUAAUCCACAGGAUGGUAAUGGCCAUCAUCCAUCAUCUGAAACAACAAUGUCUUUAUCUACCACUCCAACAAGUACUACACAAAGUAGUGGUAACAGUAUCAUUUCAACGCCAUUGAUGAUAUCAUCAAAGAUUCAAACGGCGACUGCUAAAAUCCUAUCAUCUCCCUAUCUAACAACUACCCUUUCGAUCAUGGGUAAUUGUCAAAACAAUAUGUUGGAUGAUAGUACCAAUGGCAAUGACAGUUAUUACUGUGAUGAUAGUGAAAAGGGUGCAAGUGUCAUUAGUCUAUAUAAACAUUAUAGUCAUAAUAAUAACAAUAGUAAUAAUACAGCUAUCAAUAUACAACUUUGA